AUGAACUCGAUUACACUUAACAACAAAGGGAUCGAAUUGUCUUACUCUGAUAGCGGCGCCCCUGCCCAAGGCCCCUACACCACCGUUGUCGCAGUGCAUGGAAUGGGAUUCACAUAUGCUAUUUUCACAAAGGUACAGGCCAUUGCACCCAGAGCUAACUUUCGCUUCAUUGCGGUCGUAAGACGUGGAUAUGAGGGCUCUACUCCAUUCUCCGAGGCAGAUACCGCUGCCACAACCUCCGGAACAGACGAGGAAAAGCUGGAUUUCCUUAAUGCGCGGGGCAUCGAGUUCGCCAUUUCUAUCGAUAAACUCGUUCAGCAACUAGAUCUUCUACAGAUAACUGAGGAUGGAAAGAGCGGAGGAGUCGCUCUUCUCGGAUGGUCUGCUGGUACCAUGGUGACUCUUGCUUCCAUUGCCAAUCUAGGCAAGCUUUCCCCUGCGUCAAAGACGCGGUUUGCAGCUUAUGUCCGGGCUCACAUUAUGGAAGAACCUCCGUCCGUGUGCCUUGGGCUACCGAUUCCACCCCGAAUUUGGUCGCCACUUAUUGACACGAGUAUCCCUGAAAGCGAACGAACGCCGUUCCAUAUGAGCUGGAUCACGUCUUACUUUGAUCAUGGCGAUCUGUCCAGUCAUGAUAUCGACGCUAUCUCCUAUGCCGCUCCUAGUAUGCAUCAUGCACCUUCAAUUUACAACAUGUCGACGGAGGACACGGAAGAACUAUUUGUGGCAGACGUGGUUGGGCCGGAGACUAACGCUAUGAUCGCGACCUACGCACAGAAUAACGUUGUUUAUCGCAAGGCAUGCUAUGAACCCGCCAUCCAAGAACUAUUACCGAUGAUGAACACGUCGGUUUUGGUCGGUAGUUCUACAUCCUCAUUCUGCAUGAACGGGCUCUUGUCUCUCCAAAAUGAUAAUGACGUGAAUCAAGGAGGGCUCCACUUCGAAACUGUUCCUGGGUUAAAUCACUUCAUGCAAUGGGACGAACCGGAGAAAACGUUCCGAAUAUUCAUGAAAUUGGCAUUGCUCUAG